AUGUCUAAUUUAAGAGAUAAAGGUUCUAAUUCAAAAAAUAUUGCUGCAAAAAGGGAGAUUAUUACAAAUGGAUUUAAAUUUCAAGCCUUCAAAGAAACUAUCAUCGAAUAUUUUCAAGAAAGUACAAUAAAUGGACUCAAAUAUAUUAUUAAAGAAAAUCAACCAGCUUUGGAUAGAAUCAUUUGGCUUUUAGCUGUGAUUAUUUCAAUUUCAAUGUGCCUCAUUCUAAUAGGAAAUCUUAUGGAGGAACGCACCAACAAUCCAAUUAUAGUGGCUUUCAACGAAAAAGUCACAUCCGUUUCAGAAAUUCCAUUCCCUUCAGUCACCAUUUGCCCUGAGACCAAAACUCGCACAGAUAUUUUCAAUUAUACAAACGCCUAUAAGAAAAUUAGUAACUUUGAAAAGCUUACAGAAGAUGAGGAAUACUUCUGGAAUGCAGUAUCACAAAUAUGUGAACCAAGUUUUUUCAAACUAAAUGGAGAAUCAUAUUUAGCCAAUGCAUCAGAUCUGAUCAAAGCUAUGUCAAAAGUAGCCCCAAUAAUUUUCGAUAACUUUGAAGAUUGCAAGUGGAGAAAUAAGUUUUACUAUUGUAGAAUAUUGUGGAAUGAUGUUGUAACUGAUGAAGGAAUUUGCUUUUCAUUUAAUUCAUUAAAAUCUGAAUACUAUCGGACAGAAUUGUACAAAGCUCGCAAAAUAGAUUUAAUGGGUUUCGAUCUAGACAAUGUUGUUGAUGUAGAUUGGAAUUUAGAAAAUGGUUACAAGAAAGACUCAAAAUCAUGGGUUUUUCCAAAUCGUGUUAUGGGAGCCGGCGACAGGGAAAGUCUUAUUGUGUCUUUUUUAGAUAAAAAAGUAGAUCAACAACCAUUAUGUAGAAAUUCCGUUGGGGGUUUCAAAGUAAUUCUUCAUACGCCAGGUGAAGAUCCACAAGUGUCGAAGAAUUUUAUCCAAUUACCUUUAGAUCAAUCCGUUACGUUAACAAUCAGACCGAAUAUUAUGACUUCUAGAGACUUAAGACAUUAUUCUCUGGAAAGACGCCAAUGUUAUUACCAGAAUGAACGGUAUUUAAGGUAUUUUAAGGUCUACACUCAGGCAAAUUGUGAAUUGGAAUGACUGGCAAAUGCAACCCUUUCAAAAUGUGG